AAAAUUCAGAGUAAAGAAACCUCAAGGGCAGGAUAUUCUGUAGCGGAGCGCCCAAGGCUGGAGGCCUUUUUACUACCAACAUGGUUACUUCCACAUGUGCUGUCCCGGAAGGCUUCACCGAAUUAGAGGUGUUUAGCAUUGGCACCACCUUGCUGGUAGAAGCUUUACUUGGGUUCUGUCUGAAUGGAUUGACAAUCAUCUCUUUCCACCAAAUCAAAGAACUUCGGACUCCUGGUAACUUCCUGGUUUUCAACCUUGCGUUAUCCGACUGUGGGAUCUGCAUCAACGCACUCAUUGCUGCUUUCUCUAGUUUUCUAAGACAUUGGCCCUACGGCUCUGAGGGCUGUCAGAUGCAUGGAUUUCAUGGAUUUUUAAUGUCCCUGACCAGCAUUAGCUCUGCAGCUGCAGUUGCCUGGGACCGGUAUCACCACUACUGCUCCAGAAGUAAACUCCAGUGGAACUCAGUCAUCCCCAUGGUGGUCUUUUUGUGGCUGUUUGCGGCCUUUUGGUCCGCGAUGCCACUUUUGGGGUGGGGCGAAUAUGACUACGAACCCCUCAGAACAUGCUGUACAUUGGACUACACCAAAGGAGACAGAAACUACAUCACAUAUCUUAUUCCUCUGGCCUUUUUCAAUUUUAUGAUUCCGGUUUUCAUCAUGCUGACAGCUUACCAAUCUAUAGAUCACAGGUUCAAGAAAACUGGACAAUACAGGUUUAAUACUGGUUUGCCCGUGAAAUCUUUGGUCAUUUGCUGGGGCCCUUACUCAGUUUUAUGCUUCUAUGCGGCUGUUGAAAAUGUGACUUUCAUUUCACCCAAAAUCCGAAUGAUUCCUGCCGUCAUUGCUAAAAUUUCGCCAGCCGUGAAUGCCCUCAUCUAUGCCUUGGGGAAUGAGAACUACAGAGGGGGCAUCUGGCAGUUCCUCACAGGACAGAAGAUUGACAAAGCCGAAGUGGAUAGCAAAACGAAAUAAUGUGUUAACUU